AUGGGCAACGACCCCGAGUUCGUCGACGCGCACGCGCGGCUGUUCCAGGACGCGAUCGCGAAGGAACACCUCACGGACGUCGACGCGACGUUGCUCGCGGCCGCGCACCCGAGGCUCGCGGCGCUCGUAGGCGCGGACGUGUCGGACGUGUCGGACGUGUCGGACGCGCUCGGCUCGGAUUUUUUCGAGCGCCCGUCGCUCUUGGCGCACGCGUGUCGGGGAGACGUCUGGACCGAGCGCGUCCUCGUCCGCGCCGCCGCCGUCGGCACCCUCCGCGCGACGCAGUUCCUCCGCAAGCAUCAUCCCGGCGGCGGUCCCGGCGGCGGGUGGCCCGUCGACGCGGUCGCGGCGGCGGCGGCGCGGACGGACCUGUCUGAGGUGCGUCCUAUCUCACACUGGUCCCCAUACGGCCGCGUCGCCGCGGUGAACGCCGAUCCUUAA